CACAAGGAGCCGUAAUCAAACCUGCAAUCUUUCUUUAAAAAAAUUCCAUCGAAUAUACAUACAUACAUAUGUUUGUAUGUAUAUAUGCGCGUGUGUGUAUGUAUAUUUAGCUACAGCUGAGUCUUGUUCCUUCUUCAUCUUCUUCAGUCAAACCCCUCCUCGCAUCGCAAAGUUCGCCCAAAUUUAUUCUUCAUUCCGCCGCCUCCGAUUCUACAAUGAUAUCCUCCGUCAACCACCCCUCCCUCCAAAUCCGCGCUCCGGAUUUUCUCAGGCCGACGACCAGGUUUUCAGUUCGCCGAUCGCAGGUUUUGCAGCUGCUUCCACCGGCGGAACCUCCGCGGCGCUCGAUUAUCUCCCUUUCCAGACCGCUCCAUGUCUACACCGUUGAGUCAUUCUCUGAGAAGAACCGAUCGCCGGCGCUCCGCGCGUACGAGGCCGACCGAUCGGAGCCGAUCGCCGAUUCCACACCGGCGCAGCCUGAGGCGGCGAGGAGAGUGAAGAUCGGAGUUUACUUCGCCACGUGGUGGGGACUGAACGUGAUCUUCAACAUCUACAACAAAAAAGUGCUGAAUGCUUACCCUUUCCCAUGGCUGACCUCGACGCUCUCCCUGGCCGCGGGAUCGCUCAUAAUGUUGGUUUCCUGGGCGCUGCGAAUCGCCGAAACUCCCAAAACCGAUCUCGACUUCUGGAAAUCGCUCUUUCCGGUCGCGGUGGCGCACACCAUCGGACAUGUCGCCGCCACCGUGAGCAUGUCAAAAGUUGCAGUUUCAUUCACUCACAUAAUCAAGAGCGGCGAGCCUGCCUUCAGUGUUUUGGUGUCCAGAUUCAUCCUCGGGGAGACAUUUCCGCCGGCGGUCUACCUGUCACUCCUUCCAAUCAUCGGCGGCUGCGGCCUCGCCGCCCUAACAGAGCUCAAUUUCAACAUGAUUGGUUUCAUGGGGGCCAUGAUCUCGAAUCUGGCGUUUGUUUUCCGUAAUAUAUUUUCGAAGAGAGGAAUGAAGGGGAAGUCGGUCAGCGGGAUGAAUUACUACGCCUGCUUAUCGAUCUUGUCUCUAUUCAUCCUCACUCCGUUUGCCAUUGCUGUCGAGGGACCACAGCUUUGGGCUGCAGGUUUCAAAGAAGCUGUCUCGCAAAUUGGACCCCAAAUCGUUUGGUGGAUGGCUGCGCAGAGCGUGUUUUACCAUCUCUACAAUCAGGUGUCUUAUAUGUCACUUGAUGAGAUUUCUCCUUUGACGUUUAGCAUUGGGAAUACGAUGAAACGUAUCUCUGUCAUUGUCGCCUCCAUCAUUAUCUUCCGGACACCCAUAAGCCCCGUCAAUGCACUUGGAGCUGCUAUUGCGAUUUUCGGAACCUUUUUGUACUCGCAGGCAAAGAAGCAAUGAACGCAGCAGCAGCAGCAGCAUAUCAUUAUAUCGUAUGUAUAACGGAAGAGCAUAAGAAAAUUCAUUUAUUCGCAAUUUCUCGGCGUUUGCGGAGCAGGCUAGGCCAGGCAAGCAGCAGCUGCUUUACUUGUAGAUAUUAAUAACAAUAAGAAGAUGAUGAUUCAUGAGAGUUAUGACAAAGAACCCAACCCCCUGUUUUGUUUUGUUUUGUUUUGCUUAAUGAUGAUAUAUUUAUGUAUACUAAAGUCUACAGACAGCUUGAGGUUGAGCUUGAUUGAAUUAAGGAACAAGGAUGAGGAUGAUAAGGAUGUGUGGUUCUUGUUGUUUUGUAGUGUAAUGUAGAUUUUGGAGAAUGGGUAUGGGAUCUGUACCCCACCCCACCCCACC